AUUAAAAUAUGCUAAAGAUAUUUUGUAUUAGGAACUGUAUUGGAUUCCACAUAGGGUGUCUCUAGAAACAAAACGGAACACUGUUUCGGAAUUUGGGCAUGUCGUGUCAGUGAUUGGUUUUUAGAUACAUAAUUAAGUUGAGGACGUGAAGUCCUACUAAAACUCCAGGAAGCGAACGAGCUUUAACGAUUUUCGGGCUUUAACUAUCACGGAUCAAUUACCCAUCCCGCUUUUAGGUACAUUCUGAGGUGAACAAGUGUUACAAUGUGAUAAUUUGCCAACAGUGAGACACAAUAGUGCGCUAAUGCGUGGGACUUGUGUUGAAUGGUCCCACCAACUGUAGAAUAUCGAUAAUUUGGUUUUGUGCCCCAGCGACAGAAACGACGACGAAAGGCUACCUUCACACGUAUAAGGAAUAACACUCUAUAUCAACGCGAAUAAUCGACACGCGACCAACUAUAAUUUUAACACAUGUAGCACAUGCGCCGCCAUAUAAUGAAUCAAGCGCCACUCUGUCUACUAUUGCUUUCUAAUCUACGCGGCUUCGCCCGAGCGCAAAUCAUCGAAGACGAGCCCUCGUUCACAGCAUCAACUCCGUCGUCGUCAUCAUUGAGUGCACAAGAUUAUAACUGGUAUGAUGACUUGAAUGCUGUGACGUUUCAACCCCAGGAUACUGAUCCAAUUGACAAUCCAAACAGACGAGAUGUACUGCCUAAUUUUGGAGAAAGCUUAGUUGAUAAUGAGCAGGCUGAAGCCCUGAGCAUAAGCAAUGAAAUCCUGAAGAAUGAGAACUCGGUCAUCAAGGUCAAAGUGGAUCGCUUGAGUGGGUCGUUUAAGAAAAACGUGGAGAAAAUAAAGUUCAAACACAAGAGAGUUGACAUUGUUUUUCUUAUCGAUGCUAGUUCCAGUGUGGGUAAAACUAAUUUUAUCAGUGAAAUUAAAUUUGUUAAGAAGCUUCUAUCCGACUUCAACGUUAGCUUCAACUACACACGCGUCGCGGUGAUCACAUUUAGCUCGCGAAAAAAAAUUUUCCGCCACAUCGACCAAAUAUCCCAAUCGGUUGAGGAUAACGAUAAAUGUCUUCUGUUGAAUUAUCAAAUACCGAAGAUAAAAUACAGUGGAGGAGGCACUUAUACGUAUGGAGCAUUGAAGGAAGCGGAAGAUAUUUUUAAAGUGGCACGUGUUGAGAGUAAAAAAAUAAUUUUCCUCAUUACCGAUGGAUUUUCAAAUGGACCAGACCCUGUCCCAUUAGCCGUGAAACUGAAACGUAAGAACGUGGUCAUCUAUUCUAUCGGAAUUCAAAGUGGUAAUCUUGCUGAACUGUAUAACAUCUCCAGUGCCCCUGGAGAAAAUCAUAGCUAUCUUUUGGAUAGCUUUAAUCAUUUCGAAACCCUCGCCCGUAAAGCGCUCCACAGCGACUACAAAAGUGGAGAAAAUAUUGCCGUUAAUUCGAACCUUUGUGAUGUGUUGUGCUUGGAUGAUCCGGACUUUUUGAGGAACGACACCAGCUGUUGCGAUCGAAAUGCUACAUGCGUAUGUAGCACUAAUUCGGGACAUUACUUGUGUCUUUGUAAGCCUGGAUUCAUAGGAUCCGGACGUAACGGAGCAUGUCUUCCUUGUCCGAAUGGUACCUUUUGGGAUGGUCAAAGUCAAUGUCGCAAUUGCCCUGAUGUGAAUCAUGUUACGCAAACACUACCAGCGAUGAGUGCAGAUGAUUGUGUUUGCAAGAGUGGCUAUAAGGCGGAAGAUGGUAGAAGAUGCGAAGUGAUCACGUGUCCAGAGCUAACACCACCGGAGAAUGGGUACUUUGUAAAGCACCCCAAUGCUUGUGGACAGGUACUAAAUGCAGCAUGUGGGACGCGAUGUCAAUCGGGCUAUCAAUUAGUGGGAGACAGUAUUCGUUUGUGUCAGGAAAGUGGAGUGUGGUCCGGGAACGAUCCCAAAUGUGUUUUGAAAACGUGUCCUCCUCUGAAAAUACCAUACUACGGUUUGGCAGUUUGCAAAAACCCGGAUUUGAAUUUGUACUUUGAUUAUUCACCACGGAAUAAAUCAUUCAUCACAAACUACAGCAUAUCGGUUGACCGACUGACCGAACCAAUGCCCAUUGAUACCGACUGUACAUUUAAGUGUGGUCAUGGAUUUUAUUUGGUAGGCUCGAGCAGUCGUAACUGUUUACCACUAUCGAAAUGGGACGGAUUGCAAGCUUCUUGUAAACAAAUUCUCUGCUCCCCGCUACCGAAGAUACCAUUCGGGGAAUACGAUCCAACAGACUGCGCGGAACAAAAGUCGGCUCACGGCUCCAAUUGUACUUUGAUCUGCAACUUUGGUUUCGAGCUUAAGGGUGGUCCAUCAACCAAAUCAUGUGGAGGAAAACGAAAUGGUGCGUGGACGCAAAAGUCUAAAACGCCACGCUGCGUCGACGUUACGCCGCCGCAUCUCAUGUGUCCUAACAACUACACGCUACAAAUGCAUGAUGAUUACAAUUACGCUGUUGUGAAACGUCUGAAUCAACCGUACGCGUUCGACAAUGGUGGCGAUAAUUUCACAUUCUGGGCCAAACCGGCGGUCAGGGAACAAGGGACGAAAUUAUUCAGCGGCACUCAUUUGUUCACAUACGUGGCCGUUGAUUCUUUCAAAAACAAAGCCAAAUGUAAUUUUACUGUUACAAUCGUCGACAAGACAGCACCAGUAUUUGAGAAUUGCUAUGAUCCCCCAGCAUUUUACAUUACGACAUCGACUAAUAAAAAUGAAACGCUCAUAGAGUGGGAUGAGCCAACAGUAUUCGACAACUCGAAUGAGAACAUAACCAUGACAAGCAACAUGCGCUUUGGAUACCACGACGUGGGAAACUAUCAAAUAGUGUACCAAGCAAAAGAUAGCUCAGAUAAUGUCGCCGAGUGUACUUUGAACAUAACAGUAAAAGAAUAUAAAUGUGACAAUCUUCCUUCGCCUUUGAACGGUCAGACAGUAUGUGCAAAGAAUUCGUCCCAUACUUGGUGUGAAAUAUCGUGCGAUAUCGAAUACACUUUAUAUGAUCAAGAAAAUGAUUCGCUCACUCUUUUUUGUAAAAACCGCCACUCAAAGUGGGAAAAUGAUACAGUUCCCGAGUGUACGCCUAUCGAAAAACCUGUGGCCGUGGAGGAAGUUAUCACAAUAAGCCUGGGCUCGGAAUUAGGACCACUAUGUGAGCAUACUAAUGAGAUCCAAACGAUUUUUACAGAAAAUAUGAAGAAUCAUCUCUGCGGUGAGCAAAUUGACUGUACGAUCACUACCGAAAUGCCCACCUGUGAGGACGUGGAGGAACCGGAUGAGAAAUCGAAAUACCACAUUGUGAAAAGAGAAAUUUCCACCGAGCAGAAAUCCAAAUCUAGGAAGCACUUGGGAAAACGAGAUGAGAGAACGAUUAUGAAGAUCAAUGUGUACACAAAAUUAUCGAAAAGACUUGGCAUGUGGAAGUACGAUGGGAAAAAAUCGGAUAAUAUAAAGAGAGUAAAAGCAGAACUGCAAAAUAUCAAUGAAAAUGAGAGGUUGAGGAAACAAUUGAGCGCAUUGAACAUUGAUUUAAGUGUUCUGAAAUUGGAUGAAACUAUCCGUUGUCCCAAUGGUAGUGUAGCUAAGAAGCUAAUAUGCGUUCAAUGCCCCCGAGGAACCUAUCACAAUCAUACCUCCAAUGGAUGCAUAUCUUGCCCGAUAGGCACGUUCACGAACGUUACCGGGAAAUCGGAAUGCGUUCAUUGUCCCCUGCACCAUUCAACUCGUAAACCUAACAGCAAGCAUUCCACGGAGUGUAAGCCUCAGUGCCCGCCAGGAACGAUGGCCAAGUUGAAACCGAUGAAACACGAGAAAAUGCCAAAAUAUCAUAAAAGUUUAAUGCCGUUCUGUCGAAAAUGUGAGCCGGGAGAAUAUCAAGGAUUAUAUAACAGAAUUAAUUGUGAAAAAUGCCCACCGGGUUAUACAUCGUCCCGAGGAUCAACUGUAAUCACAGAUUGCGUGCCGAAGCACGCUCAACCUUGCAUGUCGGAAGCUCACAUUUGCGGUUCCCAUGGGCGAUGCUCGCCGGACCCAAUUAACGAUUAUCUCUACAGUUGUACUUGCGAUGACGGAUACGCUGGAGAACAUUGUGAAAAACAAUUGGAUAUUUGUGCAUCAGCACCAUGCUACAAUGGCGGAACUUGUUUGUCGAUAAAUGCAACGAUCCAUAAAUGUCUUUGUCCACCGUUGUUCAGUGGGGAAAACUGUGAAAAUUUUCUCGAUCCUUGUCAUGCAGGUUUCUGUCACAACGGUGGAAUAUGUGUCGAGAGUGAUGGACGCUCGAUCUGUGAAUGCCCUCCAGCAUUUGAAGGAGAACGUUGCCACAUUAGGACAAAUUAUUGCCUUCCAAAUCCAUGCGAAAAUGAGGGGGUUUGUUUUAAUGAUGAAGAGUCAUUUAAUUGCUCCUGCCCACCGGGACGAAUGGGAAAAAGAUGUCACUUGAAACCAUGUGACUAUAUGCCAUGCCCUAGGAAUGCGAUUUGUGUCGACAUUGGCUUGACAAAUGCUAACAGGGAAAGCUAUCAAUGUGUCUGUCCACGGGGCUUGAAAGGAGUCAACUGUACUGAACUGGACAAUCCGUGUGAUAGAGAACCAUGCAGAAACAACGGCCAUUGUGUACCAGUCAAACUUCGAGAUCUCACUGCAGCAAUCAGUCACCAUGCAGAAGUUGAUAACGACGAGAUUUAUUCGGAAGUAUUAUGUCAGUGUCCACCAUAUUUCUAUGGCUCUUUCUGCGAGAUACUUAUAACUCCAGAUUUUGUAAUGUCAUUUGAAAAAUCGGGAACAAACGACUAUGUCAAAAUUGCUGGUCCUGGUCACAAUAUUUCUGAAAUAUCAAUGUGCACAUGGAUCCAAACGAAUGAUGAUUUCAAUUAUGGUUCAGUCAUUUCUUAUGCAACAUCUCGAUCGGACAAUGCAUUCACGUUCACAGACUACAGCGGAUUUGUUUUGUAUAUCUCUGGUGAACACGUUGUAACUAAUGUGUUCAUCAACGAUGGGCAUUGGCAUUUCAUUUGUUUGUCCUGGAUUAGUCAGAUGGGAUUGUACGAAAUUUACCUCGAUGGUGAACUGCAUACGACCGGAUAUGGCCUCAGCAGUGGGAAGGCAAUCGAAGGUAAUGGAUUGUUUGUGAUUGGACAAGAACAGGAUUCACUCGGGGGAGACUUUAGCGAAUCAGAAUCAUUUGUAGGGCGAUUGUCCUAUCUAGACCUAUGGAGUCGAGCACUCAGCGGCUUCGAAUUCCAACAACUCUAUUAUACCUGUCAACCAUAUCAGGGGGAUAUGAUUAGAUGGACCGAUCUGAAAACAAAAAUCGUAGGCACUGUAAAAAUUCAGCGGUCUGAAUUUUGCCAACCCUGUGAAAGAAAUUUGACGCUGCAAAAUGGUCGAAUCGACUACCACGAGAACCAUGCCUACCUUAACUGCGAUGAAGGCUACCAGCUGCAAGGACCAUCGGAGAUAAUGUGUUUACGCACGUCCCGUUGGAGCAACAAAACCAGAAGUUACUGCCAACUGAUUCGCUGUGAACCCCUCAACUCUAUUCUCAACGGAAGAGUAAUUGUCUCAAAAACAAGCUACAAUGGAAUUGCUCGGUUUGUGUGUGAUGCAGGAUUUAACUUGUCCGGAGUGGACUCCAUUCGUUGUACUGUCCAUGGAAACUGGUCAUAUGCUCUCCCAGAAUGCAUAAGUACUAUAAAAUGCCCCGCCUUACCGAUGGCGUCUGGAUAUAACAUAACGUAUGCCUCAGAAAGAGGUGUUAUAAAUGGAACCCACAACAACUACGCGAUUGACACACUAGCUGAAGUACAAUGUGAUGAUGAAUAUUAUAUAGAGGGUGAAAAUUUACUGACCUGUUUAGAAACUGGCAAAUGGGAUUUUGUGAUUCCCAAUUGUACAUUGAAGAAAACCCACGAAUUAACUACAGAAUUGUCAAACGUGACAUAUCCCGCAAAAGGGUCAAACAUAAUCAGAAUAAAUAGACGUCCGGAUGUUCGUUUCUGGAAACAAUUGAAAGAUUAUUUGUUCUAUGGCUGCAAUCCAAUUGACCCAACGAAGCAGUCACCAUUUUGUAAGAAAACGGCUGCUUCCUCAACUACAUUUACCGAUCUCAGUCUACUGGACUUUUCCCUUUCAAAAGAUUACCAGAAUAUGGAUAUCAUGUUACUCGAACGUCUGGAGAAAUCUUCGAAUGCUGAACCAAAUUUAAAGUUGCAAAAUCUCCUGGACUAUAUAUUGUAUAACAAGAUCGAUCCGACACCACCGCCCCAACGACUACCCGGUGAAACUGAAGACUACUACAGAUUCGUCAUCUGCCUGUAUAUCGACAUCAUCAUGAUGGAUCGUGAAGUAACGUUCGACGAUGAAAUUUUGCUGGAUAUCAACUCAAGGGAGAAUACGAACGACAAAAUCAAGAGUUUACUGAAGCAUGUGGUCCAGCCGAUUUAUGAGACGCAUCUUCGCGAACAGGAAGAGGAACAUCUGCGAGAGAUUGAGAAUCAACGGAAUGCUUUGAGGAAGAUUGUGGCUCUGGCCGAGGCAGAACGAAUGCUGGCACAUAAAUGUCCACUCAACAUGGUUCCGGACCCACCAAAUGAUAGUAGAAUUAUAUCCAUCGAAAAGGGCUCUGCUGGAAACAUAGCUUCAGAUAUGACAAUAGAAAAACUAAGAAUGAACUCGGAAAGCUUAGAAGUAGGCAGUCAAAUAAGGUACGAAUGCAAUACGGGUUUCUUGAUGAAAGGUAUCGGUUACAUUGAGUGUUUGAAAGGAGGCAAGUGGAGUCAUUCCAACAGUUUCUGUGAAGGCGUUGUAUGCGAGCGACCACCAUUACCUGAGGGUAUGUUCAUCGCAAAUGAAUCAAUGAUAUCUCUGUAUUAUCAUGACACCAAGAUUGAGUAUCGUUGCCUCGAAGGAUAUAUUAUGCAGGGACAUCCAAUCAUCACAUGCUCCACGAACGGAAAAUGGUCAUCCGUGACAGCAAGAUGUACCAAAAUAUCCUGCGGCAAACCAAAUAUAAGCCAUGCCGCUAAAAUUCUAGCUGGAAUUUCUUUCCAGUAUGGCGAUCGAUUGAGAAUACUUUGUGAAAAUAAACACACGAUCGAGAUUAUUUGUCAUGCGAAUGGAGAAUGGACUCGAUUUGCAAAAUGUUGAUAAAUAAAUAU